AUGGUCGCUUUACGCCGACGGUUCUUCAUCUUCGCGAGGAGCAGGCGUUGGCAUACGCCUAGAAUCACCAACAUGGAAGUACUAGAACAAUCCUUUCGCCUCGAGUUCUCGGCGUCGAACAACGAAGCCGAAUACGAAGCCCUACUCACCGGACUCCGCCUAGCUCUAGGAAUCGGGGUUAAGAAGAUUGAAGCGUUUUGCGACUCCCAACUCGUCGUCAAUCAAUACAGCGGCGACUAUGACACUAGGAAUGACCGAAUGGACAUAAUCCCGAGGAGCGAUAACACGUCAGCAGAUGCUCUGGCGGCUCUCGCCUCGACAUCAGAACCUAACCAACGCCGCGUCAUCCCAUUCGAAUGCAUCGAUACACCACUCAUCGAGCUUCCCAAAGGAGUAUGCUCCAUCAACGAACUCCAAGCUAGUAGCAUCGAUGCCAAUGAGCUACCUCUCCCUGACGUCGUCGACGAACCCGCAGAGCAGGAACCCUCGAUUGACGACUGGAGAAUCGAAAUAUUGCUCUGCAUUACGGAUGGCCAAGUCCCACCCGAUCGAUGGGCUGCAAGACGCCUCAAAACGCGAAGUGCGAAGUACAUCCAAUCACACGGUAAUCUCUAUCGUUGGAGUUCAUCAGGAGCCCUUCUAAAUUGCCUUCACGGUGAGGAGACGCACGACGUUAUGAAGGAAAUGCAUCAGGGCGCAUGCGGAAAUCAUUUGAACGGACGAGCUCUAGCUCUCAAGAUAAAGAACCACGAACACUUCUGCCCCACUAUGCUCACUGACUGCGAUAGAUUCGUAGCCCGAUGCGAACAAUGCCAAAGGCACGCUCCAAUGAUUCACGCUUCGGCGGAACUGCUCGCUUCAUCGUCUCCCCCUUAUCCAUUCAUGCGAUGGGCGAUAGACAUAGUCGGACCACUGCCUCGAUCACGACAAAAAAGAUUCAUGCUCAUCGUCACAGACUAUUUUACAAAGUGGGUCGAGGCAGAAUCCUAUGCCAAGAUCCACGCGAUCGACGUCAAGAAAUUCAUCUGGAAGCAGAUCAUCUGCCGACAUGGCCUCCCAUACGAAAUUGUCACAGACAACGGCUCCCAGUUCGUCUCUAACAUCGUCGAAGAUUUCUGUGCGAAGUGGAAAAUCAGGCUCAGCAAAUCAACGCCGAGGUACCCACAAGGUAACGGCCAGGCUGAGGCAACCAACAAAACGAUCCUUGAUGGAAUCAAGAAAAGAUUGGAAGCCAAAAAGGGUGUAUGGACUGACGAGCUCGAUGGAGUUCUCUGGUCACAUCGAACUACACCACGACGAUCUACAAACAAAAUCCCUUCUCACUAUCACACAGAAUGGAAGCUUUAG